ACAAGAAUCCAGCAUUUAAAUAGUUUAGAUUUCCUCAACUUACAUCACCAAUGUAAGGUAUUUUAAGUAUGUAUUUGAUUGAUUUGUUCCUUUUAACAGUCAUGCGAUCAGGUAUUGACGUCAUUCAAGGAUCCAUUGAGUUCCUGCAGAAAUGAGAAGCUAUAAAAGGUUAGGAUGAGGCAGAGCUUUUGCAUUUUGCACAUAGGGUUGGACACCUGCGUGGAAACACCUGCACCCGAAGAUGAAUUUUCUGACAAUAAUUGCUGUUGCUGUGUGCGUCCUUGCACCAAGUCCUUAUUGUGAAUCAUUCACGGUCGAGUGGUGCUUCCAUGACCCAAAAUGCAGUGACAGCACCUGGUCGACCAUCGCUGCGCUUUACUGCAACGGGACGCGUCAGUCGCCCAUCAACAUCGUGUCUGCCAACGCCACGGAGGACAAAGACCUGACGGAGUUCACCUUCGAGGGAUACGGCAACAAAUCCGCCUUGGCCACAAUUAAGAACACCGGGAAAACUGUCAAAGUGAACUUCUAUACUGGCGUCAAGAUCUCAGGAGGAGGCCUGUCUGAGAGCUACGACACCCUGCAGGCCCACCUUCACUGGGGAAACGGCACGGCUGCACCCGGAUCAGAGCACACUGUGGACGGCAAGCGCUUCCCCAUGGAGCUUCACAUUGUAAACAUCAAGUCGAGCUACAACCGGAACACCACCCUUGCUGUGAAGGAUUCUGAAGGACUCGCUGCUCUCGGUUUCUUCAUAGAGGAGCUGACAGGUGUAGAUGAUCAGCCAGCCAGCUGGAAGACUUUGACCUCCUACUUGUCAAGUAUCUCAAAUGCUGGUGAUAAUAAAACAAUGGCAGAAGAUAUUUCUCUAGAUGAUCUCCUUUCUGGCGUGAACCGAGCCAGUUACUACCGAUACCUCGGUUCCCUGACCACUCCUGUCUGUAACGAGGCCGUAGUUUGGACCGUGUUCAAAGAACCGAUUAAAGUCAGCAAAAACCUGAUCGACCUCUUCAGCACAAGCAUGUACAUCAAAAACUCCACUUCUCUGAUGGUUAAUGUGUAUCGAAGCAUCCAGCCGUCACAGCCGGUCUCAACGCAGCCGAAGGCAAGCUCCUCCACCAAGUCUGGCUACUCUCUGGCUCUGAUGACCUUUGCCCUCAUGAUGGCGAGAUAUUAAAACAAAAGCUAAGGUGGAAGGUCACGUUUUGAAUAAAACAUGCAGAAAAUGCCAAACCUCCAUCCUGUACAUGUUGCAGGUUUUGUAUGUGUGUAAAAUGAAAAGACCUGCCUGUCUUGAACUAACCAUGCAACACAAAUUAUUUUUUUACUCUUUUAUUCUUGUGGUUCUUCUUGCACUUUGCAGAAACGUCUGCGUGUUUAAACUGCUCUAAAAUCAAACCUGAAACAGUUUUUAGUUUGUGAUGAAGGUUUGAAGUUUAUCUCUGGUUUAUGAAGGACUUGAAUUUGUCCUGUUUGUUCUCUGGCAUGAUCCACACAUUGUGUCCUAUCAUUGAAGAUAAAAACCUUUUCAAUAAAAUAUUUAUCAAUGA